GGGUCAACCAUAUCGUUAGUUUAGUCGGCGAAUCCACCGAUUAGUACAUCAGCGGCGGGGCACGAGGCGCAGACGCGUUUGUAUCGAUCGGCGGCCGACUCGAGCCGUCCGGACGGGGCCGGUCAGGUGCGCGCAGCUCGCCGGAGCGGCCGCGCGUAGACAGCAAGCAGCGCCCGGCUGGAAGCGACAUGCGCGUGCGGGCGGCGCUGUGGUGGCUGGCGCUGGCGGGCGCGGUGGCGCGCGCGCGCGAGCUGGACCCGGCGGCGUGCGGCGCGCGCUUCGACGUGCAGCGCGACAAGAUCAUCCGCACGGAGGAGUCGCGCGAGAUGGGCGCGCGCUACCUGUCCGAGCUGGACGUGGGCGCGCGCCACGAGUGCCUGCGCCUCUGCUGCGAGACGGACUCCUGUGACGUUUUUGUUUAUGAGGAAAAGAGCCCGGGCAGCUGCUACCUGUUCAACUGCGGGCCGCCCGAGGACUUCCGCUGCAAGUUCACGGCGCACGGCAACUUCAGCAGCGGCGUGCUGGCGCUCAGCCGGCGCCUGGCCGAGCUGCAGGACCAGGAGCGCCUGGCGCGCCACGAGACCGCGCUGGCCGGCCUGAGAGGUGCGACGAGCUCGACGAGCACCAGCAGCACGACGACGACGCCGGCGCCCGCGCCCGCGCCCGCGCCCGCCGCGCCGCCUGCGCCGCCCGGCCCUCCUCAGCGUGAUGAUGAUCCAAACGCGCCCUCGCUCCGGCGAAGGCGGAGGGACCAGAGGAGACGACAAUAUGAUCGCCUCCAGUUUCCUCUCCUCGGUGAUGGCCAGCGGGCCGGGGGCGUGGGGGCGCCCCCGCCUGCACUGCACAGGCCACCACCACCGUCGGACGGGAACAGCUGUGUGCUCCUAGCUGCUCCCGUCGCCCCCCGUCCUAGGGGACCUCAAAAACAAACAAUGGCGUAUACAGUGCAGCGCACACAAUGGACACUGGCAGGGCGGUGCAGUCGCUACCAGUUCGAGUGCCGGCGCGGCGGCGAGUGCAUCGCCGUGUACAACGCGUGCGACGGCGUGCCGCAGUGCGCCGACGGCAGCGACGAGGCGCCCGAGCUGGGCUGCCCCGCGCCCGCGCCNACGCCACCAAAGCAUCAUACACCAAUAUCCUCAUUCCAGGUGAUGGACGGGCACACGGGGCGCGUGGGCUCACUCGCUUGGAACAUGUACAUCGUGUCGUCGGGCGCGCGCGACGGGAACAUCGUGCACCACGACGUGCGACAGCGCGACCACGCCGUCGCCACGCUCGCCGCGCACUCGCAGGAGAUUUGCGGCUUGAAAUGGUCGCCUGACGGUCGAUAUCUGGCAUCUGGUGGAAACGACAACCUGCUUAACAUCUGGCCUAUUGUCCAAGGGCAGCACUAUUCCCAGCCACAGUACCUCUACUCAUUCAACCAGCACCUGGCGGCCGUGAAGGGUCUCGCCUGGUGUCCCUGGAGCGCGGGCGUGCUGGCGUCGGGCGGCGGCACGGCGGACCGCACCAUCCGCAUCUGGAACGUCAACACCGGCGCCAACCUCAACACCGUCGACACCAAGUCGCAGGUGUUGGGCGACGGCGCGGAGGGCGCGGAGGGCGCGGCGGGCGAGGGCGCCGAGCUGGCCGAGCGCUGGCCGCACCGCCUGACGCAGGCGCAGCCGCCGCGCCGCUACAAUGAGGCGGCGCGCGGCUCGCACAUCUUCAGCCACAAGGGCGGGCUGCUGCAGGAGGGCGCGCAGUACGCCGCCUUCGAGCCGCCCUGGCGCCGGCCCUGGGGGCAGCCGCAGGCGGGCGGCGAGUGGGGCGCCUGGGCCGAGGACCCGCGGCGCGCGUGGCCCGUGCCGCAGCCUCCGCCCGACCCGGAGCUGCCGAUGUACGUGCCUCCGAAGACGAUGCCGGAGACGGCGCCGGAGUACGCUCGCCAGCAGCACACGCUGCGCGACGGGCCCAAGAAGGGGCUGGAGCUGGCGCCGCCCGCCGCGCCGCCCGCGCCCGCCCCCGCCCCCCCUGCCCCGCCCGCGCCCGCGCCCGUAGAGAACACCACCAAGAAGAAACUCCUCAAGGAAACCCCGCACGAGGCCAUGAAUGCCGCGGCGGCGGCAGUGGGUGCGGCGACGGCGGCGGCGGCGGGUGCGGCGGCGGCGGCGGCGGCGCGUCCGGCGGCGCAGCUGGCCGACGAGCACGACGGGCUGAGCGAGCACCCGCCCGCCGCCAUACUGCUACUUGUGCUCGAAACAACUACCUACUCGAUAUUUUCGCAUCGGGGCACGUCGCGUCGCGUCGCCGCGUUAGUCGUUCGCGUAGGACAACGGGUCAGGGUCAGGGUUUUGGUUUCUGCAGGCGUGGCGAUGACGGGCGUGCUGGGCGCGCUGCUGGGCGUGCGGGCGCGCGCGGCGCGGCGGCGGCUGCGGCGCGGCAAGGCGCCCUUCGCGCACGACGCCGACUACCUCGUCAACGGGAUGUACCUGUAGGCGCGGGCCCCGAGGACCUCGCGCCGACUGAGCGGGCGUCGAUCGAUCGAUUCAGUCAUCGGACGGUCCUGAACCGCCUGCCAGGAGACGCAGGCGUUGUGGUAGAUUGCGCCGCUAACGACGAUGAGGUUCGCGUUGUAAGCGUCGAACGACACGGCGCGAGAUGCUUUAGAAGAAGAUGGAACGUUACAUACCAAACGUCGGAGUGAAAUAUGGCAGAUCGGGAGAUUCAGGAGUUAGAGUGAAUGACGCCCGUCGGUUUGUCAAAGCCAGGAGGCCGGUCUUGAGCGGUCCCGGAAACCGGUCGCUCGAGAGGGCGCCUCGACGCCUCACAGCAGUAAACUUCGAUAUCACCGCGCGCAUCGUCAUCAUAUUGAGCCAAAAAGAGGCAGAUUUCUAUAAAAAGUGAAAAUAUCAUCAUCAUCAACGUUAUAAUAUAAUUUCAUAAAUUAAUGGGCUUAUUUUGAAAAAUAAUAAUUUAAGUUGAACCGUGGUUUCUUAUUUAUAAAGUGAAACUGCGGCGGGAUGUUGUUUUGUUAUGUUACCAUGGAUGAAUAAAAUUUUAAAACCUUAUUUUUAAAUUAGGCUGAUUUAUCAGCCGUCGGAUAUCUUCUAACAAGAAUAAACUUGUCAUUUUGGCUUGUUUCCCAUCACAGACCUGUGUGGUCUGUGUUCCCCAUGCUGAAACUGAUGUGCCAAACUUAUUCUUCACUUAUAAGUUAUCAGGCGAUUGAAAAAUCAGCCCUUAGAAUACAUAGAAACAUACAUUAGGGUCGAGUAUACAUAAAUGUAUAUCAGAAUCAGAAUCAUCAUUUAUUUGCUUUAAAUGUGGAAGAUCGUUGUAUUUUUGACGAAGCCCCCCCCCCUCCCCCCCCCUUCUCAUAGGUCGUUGAAAGAGGCUUUCAAGUUGUGUUUGUAAUACAUUCCAAACUUAUAAUAAAUAGCUUUGUUUGACGUUAGUGAUUAAGUUUCAUGACAUUAUUUUAAAUAAAUAUCUAAAGCCCGCAUCAUGAAAUGACACUAAAACUGGAUUAUGAUUCCCAAGCUUUAUAGUAUAGUAAUUAGUUUAAAGCUUGGGAAUAUUAGAGAAUAGUUUUAGAAUAGCUUCAUUUCAUAAUACGGGUCUUAGAUUCAAAAUAUCAUUAUUCUAUGUAUAAAGUCAUAUCAUUAAGAGUUUACAUACAUCGCUGAAAAAACUAAAUAGACCAAGUUCGUAGAAUGAGCCAAAUAGCUGCACAAGCCGCGUACUCAGACACUGAAUUGGUUUGCGGUCACGAUCCAUUUCUUGUAAGACACCGCAUAAAUGAACGAACGUUGGAUUUCUGUAAUUAUAAUAUAACGCAUACACAUACUUAAGCCAUAUAAUAAAUGUAAUAUGAUCUGAAGGAGUUCCCAAUUGUACGGUGAUACACAUACGAAUCUCGCACGCAAGAUCAGCACAAACGCUGAGAUGAAUAAGUUGCACGGCGGCGGUCACAAACGGACAUAUUGCUUCCGAAGGGCUUAGUGUGAGUUUACAUCAAACGUUUAAGUAUUCGAUAUCGAGUGCGUCAAAAAAACUACGAUUAUUUUAAAACUCACACUAAGCCCCCAGAUCUUAUUCUCUCAUACGCGUAUCCGUAACCAUAAAAUGUAGCGCCGCACCCAAAGACCUCAUAAAAUCCGAAUAUUUUUUUAAGUUUCAGUUCUGUGAGACUGGAAACAUAUUUUAAGAUGGUACAUAUUUGUUUGUUGUUAUCAAAAGUACGUUUUUUCAUUAUGCCAAAUAAU